GCCUGCAGGUAGGAUUCUGCUUCCUUCUUAGAUCCUGGGUUAGAAGUGUGACCUGAGGGAAAUUUACACACCGGCGAUCCUGGGCGUCCUUAGGCUGGCGGUGAUUCCGUCCCAGAGUCACAAAGUUCCGGGCUUGGCUAUUUGGGAAGGGAGUCCCGGAAACUUCCCGAGGGGGCCUUUCACCGCCCUCCUUACCCUCCCCCUUCCCCCAGGUAGCUGCGGGCGCCCGGAGUCCUCGCCCAGACUGCGCCCGCUCCCGGGGGUUGCCCUCUCGGGGCAGCGCGUCCACCCUGGUGUUUCUGCUUGUGGUCGAGUGGGCCAGGCGCUGAAAUGGGAAGAGCCCCGUGGACACGAAGCCGGGUUCCGAGCCCCGAGCUGGAGCCCUGAGCCCUGAAGCUUUUCGCCGGCUAGGCUCGGGAACCAGCCCCGCCGCUCCGCGCGCGCUCCGGACGCAGACUCUGCUGCUUGGGAUUAGUGCCAUGCCGAGCAGGAUGGGGUCCAAGACCAACGUGGGCCCGGAGAGCAUUCGCAUUAAGGCGCACUACAACGGGGAUAUGCUUAUAACCCACCUGGAUUCAUCCAUGACCUAUGAUGAACUCUGUGAAGAAGUGAGAGAAAUGUGCAGUUUACACCAGCAACAGCCGAUCACCCUUAAGUGGAUCGAUGAUGAAGGUGACCCAUGUACCAUAUCUUCUCAGAUGGAACUGGAAGAAGCUUUUCGCCUGUACUGUCAACACAGAGAUGAAGGGCUCAUCAUUCACGUUUUUCCGAGCAUCCCAGAGAAGCCAGGAAUGCCCUGCCCAGGGGAAGACAAAUCAAUCUACCGCCGAGGGGCCAGAAGAUGGAGGAAGCUCUACCGAGUGAAUGGGCAUCUGUUUCAAGCCAAACGUUUUAACAGAAGAGCAUACUGUGGCCAGUGCAGCGAAAGGAUAUGGGGUCUCGGAAGGCAAGGCUACAAGUGUAUCAACUGCAAAUUACUGGUCCAUAAACGUUGUCAUAUACUUGUACCACUGACCUGCAAAAGGCAUAUGGAUUCGGUGAUGCCUUCCCAAGAACCUCAAAUAGAUGAUAAAAACGAUGAAGUCGACCUUCCCUCCGAAGAAACUGAUGGACUUGCUUAUAUUUCCUCAACCCGGAAACAUGACAGCCUUAAAGAUGAUUCUGAGGACAUUAAGCCAGUUAUUGAUGGAAUGGAUGGAAUUAAAAUAUCUCAGGGGCUCGGGCUGCAGGACUUCGAUUUAAUCAGAGUUAUUGGACGGGGAAGUUAUGCCAAAGUUCUCUUAGUGCGGUUGAAAAAGAAUGAUCAGAUUUAUGCCAUGAAGGUAGUCAAAAAGGAGUUGGUCCACGAUGAUGAAGACAUCGACUGGGUACAGACAGAGAAGCAUGUAUUUGAACAGGCCUCCAGCAACCCAUUUCUUGUGGGCCUACAUUCCUGCUUCCAGACUACGAGUCGGUUAUUCCUUGUCAUCGAGUAUGUGAAUGGAGGGGAUCUCAUGUUUCAUAUGCAAAGGCAAAGAAAGCUUCCGGAGGAGCACGCCAGGUUUUAUGCUGCUGAAAUAUGUAUUGCUCUAAACUUCCUCCAUGAACGGGGAAUUAUCUACAGGGACUUAAAACUAGAUAAUGUCCUCUUAGAUGCGGAAGGUCACAUCAAAUUAACAGAUUACGGAAUGUGCAAGGAAGGAUUGGGCCCAGGUGACACAACAAGCACUUUCUGUGGGACACCAAAUUACAUCGCCCCAGAAAUCCUAAGGGGAGAAGAAUACGGGUUCAGUGUGGACUGGUGGGCCCUUGGCGUCCUGAUGUUUGAGAUGAUGGCGGGAAGAUCGCCAUUUGAUAUAAUCACAGACAAUCCGGACAUGAACACUGAAGAUUACCUCUUCCAAGUUAUCCUUGAGAAGCCUAUCCGAAUCCCCAGAUUUCUCUCUGUCAAAGCCUCCCACGUCUUAAAAGGAUUUUUAAAUAAGGAUCCCAAAGAGAGGCUUGGUUGCCAACCGCAAACGGGAUUUUCAGAUAUCAAGUCUCACACGUUCUUCCGCAGCAUAGACUGGGAUCUGCUGGAGAAGAAGCAAGCCCUUCCUCCAUUUCAGCCUCAGAUAACCGAUGAUUAUGGUCUGGAUAACUUUGAUACACAGUUCACCAGCGAACCUGUGCAGCUAACCCCAGAUGACGAGGAUGUAAUAAAAAGAAUAGACCAGUCCGAGUUUGAAGGAUUUGAAUACAUCAAUCCCUUGUUGCUUUCUACAGAAGAGUCAGUAUGAAGAAAUGGCAUCUCCAUUGUGGACAAAUAAUGUGAAUGAACUUUUAAAUUUCUCCCUAACUACAGUAUAUGCAUGCAAGGCUGGGGAACUGUAAGGUUUUGAGUGGAGACCAAUGAUUUUUUUAAAAAUUGCUGCUGAAAAUCAAAGAAGAGAAUAGAUUUUGGUGGGUGUCUUCCUCUAAGUAAUACUGGUUUUUAAGAGUUUGGGGCCGUGACGCGACUGGCUUCUUUUCUGAGGGAAUGUGCACACGUGCCUGCUUCCUUGAAGAAUUCCUGUUCGCUACGUACUCGGGAAAGGAAUGUUCAAACGACUUUGAAGGUGCACACUUUCUACAAAACAAAACUUGAUGCAAUGGCCGAGAAAUUCAAGAAAAUUAAAAGUGUAAUAUCCUGAAGAAUAAAAUGUUACCGUGGUGUUGAACCUCA